AUGUCGCCUCCUACAAGGAACAUUUUGUUCCUUACGAAUAGCGAGCUAGGUCAAUGCAAUGUUGCUUUCGCAGUUGCCGAGGAAUUUUUGCACCGGGGAGAGUUUAGGGUGCAUAUUGGCUCGUACAGCUCGCUGGCGGGGCUAGUACAGGAACUCAACAAUCGUGAUAAUUAUGCGCGACCUGCGGAGUUCCACAAAAUUCCUGGACCAUCCAUGACUGAUCUGGCCGUUCGCAGUAAAGUCGGCCUUCUUUUUCAUAAAGCGGGUAUCAAAGGAGCAGUGGAAGGGCUCAACAAGGUUGCCACGGCCAUGAAAAAUUGGAGGCCAUCGGAGUAUGAAAAUGCCUACCGAAGUUGCCUGGAAAUCCUCGAAAACGUGCGCCCUGAUAUAGUUGUGGUGGAUCCAAUUCUUCACGUUGGUCUGGACGCGUGUCGUACUGCCAAAUCUCGAGUCGUCGUGCUUUGGCCAGUUCCGCUGAAAGAUGUGGUCAUUACGAUUCAACCAAAGGCUGGAAUACUUUGGAAGUACCCUAUGACUGGAUCAGGAUACCCCUUCCCAGUGCCGUGGAAAUUCCUCCUCCAAAAUAUUUAUUUGGUAUUCCGUGCUGUUGGAGCUUUGGCAUUUGGGAAACAAGUACCCGAUGACUCUUCACUUGGUGAAAAGGUAGAGGGCCGAAGUCCUUUCCCUCUUGUAAACGCUUAUUCAAAGGAAUCAUUGAGCUUAACACCUUCGUUCCCGGAGAUGGAUUUUCCUUUACUAGUUCCAGACAAUGUUGUUAGCUGUGGGCCGAUCAUUCGACAAUGCCAAAACCUGUCAGAAAUCGAUCCUGAGAUGGAUGCUUGGCUCAAGAAGCCAACUAUUUUCAUCAACCUUGGGUCUCAUGUCAAAUUUACCGAGAGUGUGGCCAUUGAAAUGGCUAAAGGUAUUAAGCAUGCACUUGCGAAGCGCCCUGAGAUGCAAGUUCUAUGGAAACUACGAUAUGAAUGGGAAAGUUCCGUUUCAUUCCAAAUGGUUCUCGGCUCGCUCAUCACUUCAGGGUCGGUGAAGGUAGUUCCUUGGAUCCAAUCUGACAUUAUGUCAGUCCUAAAAAGUGGAAAGAUUAUCACCUAUGUCCAUCACGGAGGAGCGAAUUCCUAUUUUGAAGCUUGCAAGGUGGGUGUUCCUCAAGUGGUUCUACCUCAAUGGCUCGAUACAUAUGAUUGUGCUACACGAGUUGAAUGGCUGGGAAUUGGACUUCAUGGCAGUAAAACUGCAGCACCUGAAAUUGAAGCUACAGAAUUUUCCCAUGCUCUACUCCAGGUCUUAUCAGACGAAAGAAUUCGGGAAAAAUCUUCUGCCAUGAAGCAUCUCUGUAAGACUACAGAAGGCCGGGUGAAGGCUCAUGACAGCAUUGUGAAAUUUUGUUUGAAUUAG